AUGAAAUUAUCACCCAUAUGUUAAACAUUGAUGCAUUCCAAAUCCAAUCCCUUAUCUCCAGUCAUCCAGAACAUGAAGAAGCACAGUAUUCACAGUAUUGAAAAUGAAAAAAAGGAGAACCACAAUCAGUUAGAAUUAAGGAUCAAUCAAUUGGUGGAAGAAAACAAAAAGAAAAUGAAUAAUUAAGAGGCCAAAUUAUGGAAUAAGAAAUUCAAAUCAAUAAAUUAAAAGGAAUAGAACAUGAACUCUUUUUGGUUAAAGAAAUGUCUGAUAUUCGAUUUCAAGAUUACCAAAAAUCCAAAUAAUAGGCCGAACAAUUAUAUUAAGAAUUAACAGACAUACAAGCUGUCUUCUAAGAUUCCUCUACUAAACUAAUAAAUCAAGCAGAAGAAAUUCAGACGUGGAAGAUUAGAUACGCUGAGUUAGAUUCAGCAAGACUAUAAUAAUUGUAAGAAUUAAAACAAUAAAUUCUAUAAGAAAUAGGAAGAUGAUGAUUAAAAAUAAUCGUAUCUAAAGGCAAUAACAGAUUUGGAAAGAACCAUCUAAUCUCUACAAAAUUAACUGCAGGAGAAGGAGGAUUCAUUAAGAUUAGCUAAUGAAGAUAUAAAUUAGUGGAAGAUUAAGUUUUCUAAAGUAUAAAUAUAACAGAAGUAAGUGGUCAAUGAUAAAGAGAAAGAUUAAAAAAUAUAGAUGUUAAUAGAUGAAAUUGAAAGAUUAAAUGAUUUAUUGGGUUAAAGAAAUGAUGAAAUUUAUACACUAAAGAGAUUGGCUGAAAAAACUGCUUAACUUAUUUCGAUCAGUUAAAGAGCAUAAAGAUCGGCUAGCGGUCAAAAAUAUAAAUGA